AAGCUUUAGGUUUUUCAUGCUGAGAAGUCUGUAUUUUCGAAUCUAGGGUUUGUGGAGAGAUCUAUUCAAUUGUAGAUACGCAAUAGCGAAACGAGAGAGAAGAUAAGGAGAAGGAGUCAUGUCGGAUUCUGAUAAAGAGCUCGAGAAUCAGAUUCUUGAAGCUGGAGAAAAGCUUAUUGACCCACCUUCCUCACUCGAUGAGCUUCUUUCUUUCCUUGACAAACUUUUCGUAUCCCUGUCGGAGGUUGAACAGUCACCUCCCGACUCAAUGCAGAAUGCACUCUCUCCAUUGAUGAAAGGAUUAGUCGGUGGGAAACUCUUCAAGCACUCGGAUGUCGAUGUGAAGGUUGCAGUCGCUGCCUGCAUCAGUGAGAUUACAAGAAUAACUGCUCCGGAUGCUCCUUAUGAUGAUGACCAGAUGAAGGAAGUAUUCAAGUUGAUUGUAUCAUCAUUUGAAGAUCUAGUUGACAAAUCUAGUCGUUCUUAUACCAAAAGGAUCUCAAUUCUUGAAACUGUGGCUAAGGUCAGAUCAUGUGUUGUGAUGUUGGAUCUUGAGUGUGAUGCGCUUCUUAUUGAGAUGUUCCAGCAUUUCCUGAAGGCUAUAAGGGACCAUCAUUCAGCGAAUGUAUUCUCGUCUAUGGAGAACAUAAUGACCCUUGUUUUAGAAGAAAGCGAGGAGAUACCUUCAGAGAUGCUUUCACCAUUUCUACAUUAUGUUAAAAAGGAUGAUGAGAUUUCCCAAAUAUCACGGAGGUUGGCAGAACAAGUUCUCAGUAACUGUGCUAGCAAGCUCAAAACUUAUCUGACUGAAGCAGUGAAAUCGUCGGGUGUCCCUUUGGAUAAGUAUGGUAACAUAGUGGCUUCGAUAUGUGAAGGGACAUUCAGUGCUUUGCAACAGGACCAAGUUGUUGCAAAUGAAAAAGAAGAUAGCGAAGGUCAUAUAACAAGGGAAGCGGAAGUAGAGAAGGCAGCAGAAAUUUCUACCCCUGAGCGAACUGAUGCACCUAAGGAUGAAUCUGGUAAGUCUGGAGUUAGCAAUGGUGUCGUGCAACAGAAUGAUUCUUCGGUUGAUACUGAUUCCACAAAGAAGCAAGACGAUACGAGUGCCAAAGAUGAGCUGCAACAACUUGAUAAUCCUAGAAACACUGACUUUGAUAAUACUACUGAAGAGAAGCCUGAUGCUGAACAUCAAAUUGAGGAAAAAGAAAACCAAUCCAGUUCUGUCAAACAGGGUGAUUCAUCAAAAAAUUCAGAUAUCAAAGAGGAGACUGAACCUGCAGAACACCUGGACAGCAAGGAUGAUUCAUCUGUUAACGCAGCCACUUCUUCUGAGAAUGAAAAGAAUAUAAGUGUGCAGGCUUUACCAUCUACGACAUCAGCAGAUGAAACUAACAAUGUCAGUUCUCCAUCAAAGGCCGAGGAUCUUCUUGAGCAAAGCCGCCCUAAGAAGACUGCAAACCAGAAGAAAAAGGAGAGCUCGACAAAGGAAGUCAAACCUUCUGCUUCUAUUGCUACCGAAGAAGUUUCUGAAGAACCAAACACAUCUGAACCUCACGUGACAAAAAAGUCUGGAAAGAAGGUUGCUUCGUCAAGUAAAACAAAGUCUACUGUUCCUCCUUCAAAGAAAAGCACAUCUGAGACAAAAGUAGCCAAGCAGUCAGAGAAAAAGGUAGCUGGGAGUGAUCAUGCACAAGAAUCCACAAAGCCAAAAGAGGAAAAGAAAAAACCAGGACGUGGGAAAGCGAUUGAUGAGGAGUCAUUACACACUUCAUCUGGUGAUAAUGAAAAACCAGCUGUUUCCUCUGGAAAGCUAGCCUCAAAAUCAAAGAAAGAAGCAAAGCAAACGGUAGAAGAAAGUCCUAAUACAAACACAAAGAGAAAACGAAGUUUAGACCAAGGGAAGGCAUCUGAAAACCUUGGUGAAAGUUUAGUUGGAUCGAGGGUCAAAGUCUGGUGGCCUAUGGAUCAAGCGUACUAUAAAGGUGAGGUCACUUCAUAUGAUGCUGCUAAGAAAAGACAUAUGGUUAUCUACGAUGAUGGAGAUCAAGAAAUCUUGAAUCUUAAGACUCAGAAGUGGAGUCCUCUGGAUGAAUCAGACUUGUCACAGGAUGAAGAAGCUGCUGAUCAGACCGGUCAAGAUGAAGAAGCCUCUACAGCGCCCCUGAGGAAGAAAGCUAAGACAGGCAAGCAAUCAAAGAUGGACAACUCAUCAGCUAAAAAGGGUGGUGGAGCUGGAUCAAGCAAGUCUAAAGCUGCUCCUGCUUCCAAGUCCAGCAAGAAGUCCCAGGAUGACAAAACAGCGAGCAAAUCAAAGGAUUCAAAGGAAGCUGGCAGAGAAGAAGAGGAGAGCUCUGAGGAGGAGAGCGAGGAAGAGGAAACUCCCAAAACUGUUGGUAAAUCAGGAAGCAGCAAGUCAAAGAAAGAUAUAAGCAGCGUAUCGAAAGCUGGAAAAUCCAAAGCUUCAUCCAAGAAAAAGGAAGAGCCCUCCAAGACAACAACUUCUUCAAAAUCCAAGUCGGGACCUGUGAAAUCUGUACCGGCCAAAAGCAAGACAGGAAAGGGUAAAGCAAAAUCUGCUUCCAAGGCCAAGGAGAGCGAUUCGGAGUCAGAAUCUGAAGAGACACUCAAGGAGCCAGAAACAGGGACUAAAGGGAAAUCAGGCAAGUCACAGGGGAGUCAGGCAAAGUCUGGUAAGAAGAGGAAGCGAUGAGUCUCUGGCCUUGGGAAAGAAGGAGGCUUGUGCUCUUUUCUCUUUUAAAUUAUGGUUUAUGUAAUUUAAGGUGGAAAGCUAAGCGUGUGGUGGCCGUGAAAUUGAACGUCGUCUUGAGCAGUAGAAGUGUAGAAUUGUUUUAAAGACAAGAAGCCUAGUAGUAUUGCUUUUUUUAUUUACUUAGGAUUGAUUUGUAGUGUUAAGGUGGAUGCAUAAGCGUGGUGGCUUUGGUUAUUUUGAUUUUAUUUUUUGACCACGUUUUUCUGUCAUCUCUCUCUUUGGAGUCUUUUUAGCAGAGGAGAAUAAUCUGGGUAGAUAAAA